GUCUGCUUUUCCGUAUGUGGAAGGAGACUGAAGAUAAAAGUGCAGCAAAAGGCUAAUCCAAAGAAAAUGAGAAAAACAACCUUCAUGGACAGCAUAGAGCCUGCAGAGCUGCAGAGAUGCGUGUUUGCAGACUCACUGGUGACUGUGUCAGAAGGAGGCAGAGACCUGGGGAAGUUCACAGUUAAAGUGGAGUUUGCCAGCAGAGGCCAGAAGCCAUGUAUGCUGCUGCACGCUCAGAGCCAGGGGGCCAUCGAUGGCUCCCCCUGUGGAACAACGGUGACAGCUUACCUAGCAGCAGACCUGGAAGUGCUGGAGGAAGAUUACCAUGAGUAUGUUAAGCUCGAGGGUCACAGUUUGGACAAGAGGUGCCACAUGGUGCAGAGUGAUGGGCAGAUGGUUAUAAAUAAAGUUACCACUGUAGGCGAGGAGGUGACAAAGGAGAGGGUUUCUUAUCCCGUGUCUGUCCUCAGAGGGUUGGUAACCGAGGGUUCAAACCUACUGAUGAUGCGUCUGUUUGCUCUGAGGAAGAAAGUUCCAGAAAAAGUGUCCUUUGUGUCUUUGAACCAGGGACUGCACAUCAUUCACACCACGUUUAGUGAGCUGGGUGUGAAGGAGCUGGAGAUAGGGGGAGAGACCGUGGAGGUGUUUGGGGUGGAGAGGAUCGUUCACUCAGUGGAGGACACACCCACCACCUGGCAGAGCUACUUCCUGGCUGAUGGGCACUUGGCCAGCAGAAUGCAGGUUGGCUCUCCUGUCACCAUGAGGCUUCUGCAGCUGCCAUCACAGCAACAAAAAGGUUUUGAAAAGAUCCCACUGGUUUGGGAGGAAGACAUGCAGAUGUGCUCCAUUUUUUUGGACAGAAAGGAGGAGCUGAAGGCCAACCACGCCUCAUACCUCAGACAGCACCCAGAGGUACAUGCGCUCAUAUCUGACUUUCUGCAGUUCCUGCUGCUGAGAAAACCUGAUGACGUCAUCCAGUUUGCCAGAGAGUACUUCCUCCCAUUUGCUUCCAUUUCCCAGAACCCAGACUAAUAGCUCUGAUGCUCAGAAACCACACAGAGGCCAAAACUCACCUUUUGAAAAUGAUCUUUAUAUAGAUUUCUAUUAAUCUAUAUUUUCACUUGAGACUAAGUUUGGCUUUUUACUUUCAUGCACUGUCCUUUCCCAGGAUCACACCUAACUACUGUCACAGUAAAAAACAUGUUGGAUAUACUAUAACAAAAGAAAAACUUCAAACUUCACCUGUUCUGUAUGGUUUUGCUUUGAAAAACAUUAUAUUUCUGAAUAAAGCUGCUUUUCCCCAUACA